AUGGGUGCCGCUUCGAGCACCGAGGCCGAGAGGGAGCCGCUUCUCGUGCCGUCCCACGCCGCGGCGUCGAGACCUGCGCCGCCUGUCAACAGCCGAGUGUACGGCCGAAGAUGGCUGGUCCUCUGCCUGUUCUCCCUGCUGGCCCUCAUGCAGGGGAUGGUGUGGAACUUUUGGGGGCCCAUUCAGAACUCGGCGGCCCACGCUUUCGGCUUCACCAAGUCCGACAUCGCGGUGCUGGUCCUGUGGGGUCCGGUGGGCUUCGUCCCGUGGCUGCUCUUCAUGUGGCUCAUGGAUAAAAGAGGUCUUCGGGCAUCCCUCCUGCUGUCGGCCUUCUUCAUGCUGCUGGGGGCGGUGCUACGGAGCCUACCCCUAUCGGACCCGGUUCUCCGGCGCUGGUUAAUCCACGGCGGUCAGCUCCUGAAUGGUUUGGCCGGUCCCACCAUCAUGAGCGCCGGCCCCUUCCUGUCCACCACGUGGUUCGCCCCGGACCAGCGGGCCACCGCCACCGCCGUGGCGUCGCUCUUCUCUUACCUGGGUGGGGCUGCCGCCUUUGUAGCGGGACCCCUGCUUGUGCCCGCCCCCAACGGCACCCAGGCAGUGGGCCACCGGGUGUCAGUGCCAGCGCCUGCAUUGGAUGGUGCCAUCCGGGAGAAGAUCCAGCUGGUUAUGUACACGGAGCUGGCCGCCAUCGCUGCGCUGUUUGCAGCUGUCCUCUUCUACUUCCCCUCGCGCCCGCCGCUUCCUCCCAGCGUGGCUGCCGCCAGCCACAGGCUCAGCUACAGGAGCAGCAUCUCCAGAUUGCUCAGUAACCUCCGCUUCCUGAUGAUAGCUCUGGCCUACGCAGUGCCCACAGGAGUGAUCGCCGGCUGGGCAGGCGUCCUUGACAUGAUCCUCACACCGGCCAAAGUCAGCCAGGUGGAUGCAGGCUGGAUUGGCUUCUGGUCCACGGUGGGUGGCUGCGUCUUUGGGGUGGCCAUGGCCAGGUUUGCAGACUCCAUCCGGGGGAUGCUGAAGCUGAUCCUGGUGCUGAUGCUGGCCGGAGCCUCGCUGUCCUCCACCUGGUUCACGCUCACCUGCCUCACUCGCCUCACGCACCUGCCCUCCAACGCGGCCAUCUUGUACACGUCGUGUAUCCUGGUGGGCAUCUUCAUCAACAGCAGCGUGCCCAUCUUCUUCGAGCUCUUCAUCGAGACGGUCUACCCGGUCCCUGAAGGCAUCACGUGCGGCGUGGUCACCUUCCUGGGCAACCUGGUCACCGGCCUGCUCCUCUUCUUCCUCACCUUCUACUGUACUGAUUUGUCAUGGCUGAACUGGUGUCUGACGGGCUCGUGCGUCUUCAGCCUGGUGCUCAUCCUGUUCUUCCGGGAGUCGUACGACCGCCUCUACCUGGACGUGUUCGUCUCCGUCUAACCGCACGCACGCGACGUGGACACAAGACCGCGAGACCUGCCGUUGCACAGAACUGGGCAGGCGGAGAAAAGAAAAGGGGUUUUUAGCAGUUUUUUUGUUUGUUUGCGUGACGUGCCAGAGAGGAAUCUUUAACUCAACGUUUACUGUGUUUCUUGUUUCUGGGCGGCCAUUUUAUUUUGGAAACCUUGAUCUCUUCCAAAAUGGACGCCGCCACUGAGCUGUCUGACGACAAGCCGGCAGCCGAACGAGAGUCACUUUUUAUUAUUAAUAUUGUUAUUAUUUUGGGUUGUUAUGGGUGUAUUAUGUUUCAACAUGAAGGUGCAGAACUCUGGGAUUGGUCGCUUGUCCUAGCGGACCUUUUAAAGGUGAUUUGCGUCACUCACGUUUGUUGUGCUUUUAAGAUAACAAUGCUAUUUGUGUGUGUCUGUGUGGCGGCUAAGUUGAGAGCGCUUUCAUUGUGUAGCCUCCAAGCAAGGGGGAUAAAAGGGAAAAAUCGUUCAACCUGACCUACCCACAUCCCUUAUUUAAUUGCCUAACUACCUACCUUAUUUACAGUACAUAUCUACCUUAGCUCGUCAACCUUCUGCCUUAUCUCCUUGACCUUCCUACCUCCUCACAUCACCUAACCCUCCAUACCUACUAACCGAUUGGUCCUACCCCCCCUACCUAACCUACUUGUCUAUCGACCUUACUACCAACCAUAUCUACUUUAAUUACCUACCUUAUUUACCCAGCUUACCUACCAACUGACAUACUUUACCACACUUACUUACUGUACCUACCUUAUUUACACAAGGCUCAUGCCACAUGUAACCGAGGUUACCAACCUUACCUUACCUCCUUUACCUACCAACCUUCCUGAGCUUUUCAUCACUUUCCAUCCAUGUUGUGUUUAUGAUGUCAUUUUGACGCAAACGUGCAGUUGUCCCUGAUUGGUCACCAAACUUAACGGGCCUGUCUCAAGGCCUUUUAAAGGCUAUUAACGUCACUUUUGUUAUGGUUUUAAGCUAACAAAGCCUUUUUUAUUUUUUAUAUAAACGGUUUGUUUCGGCGACUCAACGGGACGCUUUCAUUGUGUAGCCUCCAAGUGAGUGGGAGAAAAUAAUUGUUUUAAAGGACUCUAAGGAUGUUUGUUUGUUUGUUUGUUUGUUUACACAAAGCGUGGGAAUGGGAAGGUUGUUUGUUCAUCUUGUACCGAAACGUUCCCCCUUUGCUGUCUUUGUACUGUCAUGUCGUCGACUUCUCCUGGUGGCCUUUGCCUUGUAAAUGUCUUCAGCGCUCCAUGUGGGAAAAUUCUCCAGCACCUUAUUAUUAAAAAUGUUUUAUGAAUAACAAGGCUCUUAAUGAUUGACUUGACCAGGACAUAAUGUGAUUGGUCUUGAGAUGAAACACUUCAGGUAAGUGAUGGUUAGAAUACAAACAAAACUCUAAGACAGGAAAUGAAAGUUCUGAAUAAAAUUCAACAUAGGGUAAAUACGAGUUAAAGGUUUAGGACUUUAUUCUUGGAACUACUAUUCUGUUAAUGUCACAACUUUAUUCGUGCGACUUUAUGGCUUUCUUAUUGUUAUAUUACUUUUAUUCUGGGAAUUAUUAUUAUUAUUUUUUAUUACAACUGACUUUUUUGCUCUGUUUAACAGCUUUUCACGUAACAUUAUGACAUUUUGUGAAAACAUUACCACUUUUUUCUUGUAACAUUCCAUCUUGGACUCUCAUCAUGACUCUUGUAACGUUACAACUUUAUGGUUGUUAAAUUAUGGCUUUAUUCUUGUAACAUUAUUACUGUUCUUUUUCCUCAUGAGAAUACAAAAUUAUUCUCGUAAUGUCAUAUCAUUCUUAUAACAUGGUGACUUUUGGGGGAGGGGGGGGGGUAUGACUUUAUGCUUGUAAUGUGAUUUUCUUCCCAUAUCUUGAUUUUAUUAUCAUGUUACAUUUCUGUUGUUAAAUUAUGGCUUUAUUCUUGUAAUACUACAACUUUUUUGUUACAUUGUAACUUAAUUCACUUAACUUUCCAACUAUUCUUAACAUUGACUAUUUUCCUAACUGAUUUUCUUUCCCUCUUGUACAGCGCGUAUGUGUGUAUAUAAUAUAUAUGACUAUAUUCUUAGAAAAGUACAACCAUUCGAGUAGUAUUCCAACUUUUUUGUAACUACAACUUUUCAGAAAAAUGUGACUUCAAUCUUGUAACAUCUUACAACUUUUUUCUUGUUAAAUUAUGAUUGGAAUUCUCAUAACAUUACAACAGUUUUCAUAAGUAUAUCCCUAACUUUACGACUUUCUCCCUGUUGGAUAGUUUUUUUUUUUUUAAGUGCUUCAUCAAUAAAUUAGAAUUUGCUAACAUUACGAGUAUUCGAAUAAUAUUGCAACUUAUUGUAACUUUAUGACUGUUCUUGGAAUUCUGUCACUACUUUUUCAGAAAAAAUGUAAUUCUUGUAAUAUUCUUUUAUCGCUGAAACAUUUUGGGGGGACUUUUGUUGUAAAUUAAGACUCGAUUCUGAUGACAGAAUGAGCACUCAAGUAAUAUCAGGAAUAUUUCGUAACUAGAGACUCAGGGUGCUUUUGGAAAUUCAAUCUGAGGCGCUAACUCCACUCCACCGUGCGAGUGUUCCGAGAGGCAGACGGGCGAGCUCCCUUUCUGAAUGCAGAAACAUGAAUGGUGGAUGAGGUCGUUCGAAUCCCCCGUGCCCCCCUGCCAGAGAGCGCGGCGCUCUGAAUCACUGAACGGUCCGAAUUGUAGCAGAGUGCAUUUCUGAACGCGACUUCAAUCUCAUAACAUGACUUUUUUUUGUUUUUUGUUUUGUUAAAACUAUGACGAUUCUCAUAGCGUUGCGACUUUAUUUUUCACAUCUUUCUUUUCGGACAUCUUCAAUGGCUUUUGUUUGGUUUUUAAAGUGCUUCAUAGCUAAAUUGGAAUUUGCUAAGAUUACGACUAUUUCUUUUUGUAACUAUUCUUGGGAUAUUGCCACUAUUUUCGGGGAAAAAAAUCUUUUUGUUAUAUUUUCACAAUAAAAAAUGUGACUAUA